UUUUCCUCCUCGCGCGCGCUGAACCUGAACCUCACCUGUUGUCACAGCUGCAGAACUUUGCUCUGAACUCCAGGAGUUUCUCGGACAUUUUCUUUUCCACAGCGACAUGAACCAUCACGAGUUGGGGGUGAACGCGAACCCCGGUCUGGUUCCGGUGAUGAUGCAGACGGAGUCGCGGGACAAAUGGGGCAAAAAAAUGGACUUUCUUCUGUCAGUGAUCGGUUUUGCUGUGGAUCUGGGGAACGUGUGGCGAUUUCCUUACAUCUGCUACCAAAACGGCGGAGGAGCCUUUCUCAUCCCAUACACACUCAUGGCUAUAUUUGGCGGAGUACCACUCUUCUACAUGGAGCUGGCUCUUGGUCAGUUCCACCGCACAGGUGCCAUCUCCAUAUGGAAACACAUUUGCCCAAUAUUUAAAGGCAUCGGUUUCUCCAUCUGCAUCAUCGCAUUGUACGUCUCCUUCUACUACAACACCAUCAUCGCAUGGGCAUUGUUCUACUUCUACUCAUCAUUUAGCAGCACUCUGCCAUGGACAAGCUGUGACAAUGCAUGGAACACGGAAAACUGCACCAACUACUUUGGCAAGGACAACGUGACAUGGACAAAUUACUCCCGCUCACCAGCCGAGGAGUUUUACACGAGGAACGUGUUGGAGCUGCAUGAGUCGGACGGUUUGGAGAACGUGGGUGUGAUCCGCUGGCAGCUGAUGCUCUGUCUGUUCCUCAUCUUCACCAUCGUCUACUUCAGCUUGUGGAAAGGAGUCAAAACAUCAGGCAAGGUGGUUUGGGUCACAGCCACUCUUCCCUACGUGGUCUUGUUGAUUCUGUUAAUUCGAGGCGCAACUUUACCUGGAGCCUGGAGGGGCGUCGUCUUCUACCUGCAGCCCAAAUGGGAGAAACUUAAGGACACAAGUGUUUGGGUGGACGCAGCAGCUCAGAUCUUCUUCUCCCUCGGCCCAGGGUUUGGUGUUCUGCUUGCUCUCUCCAGCUACAACUCCUUCAACAACAACUGCUAUAGAGAUGCCAUUGUGACGAGUUUGGUCAACUGUUUUACCAGCUUCAUGUCUGGUUUUGUGAUUUUUACCGUUCUGGGCUACAUGGCUGAGCAGAGACAUGUUAACGUGGAAGAUGUAGCCAGAAACAAGGGUCCAAGUCUUCUGUUCAUCACUUACCCAGAAGCCAUUGCUAACAUGAUGGGCUCCACGUUUUUCGCCAUCAUCUUCUUUGCGAUGAUGAUCACACUGGGAUUGGACAGCACGUUUGGAGGUCUGGAAGCCAUCAUUACCGCAGUGAUGGAUGAGUACCCAGACUUUCUAUCCCACAGGAGGGAGGUGUUUGUGCUGGGUCUGGUGACUGUGUGCUUUUUGGGCUCUCUGAGCACUCUGACUAAAGGUGGUGCAUAUGUAGUAAAACUUCUUGAAGAGUUUGGAGUGGGAUUCUCUAUAAUAUCCAUCGUGUUUCUGGAAGCCACUGCCGUCUCCUGGUUUUAUGGCAUCAACAGAUUCAGCAACGACGUCAAAUCCAUGCUGGGAUACACACCCGGAUUCUUCUGGAGGUUUUGUUGGGUGGCCAUCAGCCCGACUUUUCUAGCGUACAUCAUUAUCAGCUCGCUGCUGAAUCCAACCCCGAUGGUCAUGUUCGAUUACAAGUUCCCCGACUGGAGCAUCACGGUGGGUUACAUCAUCGGAUUCUCCUCUUUCAUCUGGAUCCCGGCCUACAUGGUGUAUAAGCUGGUGUGGACACCCGGUUCGCUCAAACAGCGUCUGGCUGUUUGCCUGCGGCCUGAGCGAAGGCUGCCUGACAUCCACACAGACACGCUGGGUCUGACACCGGUACCUUAAAAACAGCCCCAAACACUCAGUCAAAACCCAAACACACUCACGGACACAAUUAAAGAAGCAAUAAGUAGCAUCUUUUGGUCCACUUUGCAGGUGCAAGCCUCACUUUGCUGCUCACAUUCAGACAGGAUGCAAACACCAUUCCAGUAUUAUUCCAUUUAACUCAUUUUUCCCUCUGAAUUCUAAUAAAUGACAUCAGAUUUCUUGAUUAUUCCUAUUUGCUAUGUGAUAAUAGCUGCCUAACAGACGGCAGGGUAUGUAGUUAUCACAAUAUUGUAAUUUUUAAAUAUUAACUCCAUUUUCAGAUUGGCUUCUUCAAACAAGAAGAAAAAAAAAUAAGUCUGAUGAUAACAAACUGAAAUACUGAUGCUUGAAAUACUGUCUGGGAAAAAUAUCACAGCUUAUACCAUAGUUGUGGAACUCUGGAUUCUGACUGGUCAGGACGAGAAGGAGGAUGAGGAGGAGAUGGACAUGUUAGCGUUUCUAUAGUAACAGUGCGACAGUCACUUCACGUAGUCUGAGAGUGAUAAACAUAUUUAUGAAAAACAAACAAAAUAAUCAUUGUUGAAGGUGAGGUUUUCAGUAAGGAAGUGAUUAUUUUACAUUUAUGGACUGAGUCUCCAGUGUCAGAGCUCAAGCUUUACAUUUUCAGGACUGAGGCGUUUACAUUUUGUGGCUUAUUGGUAACAUGUUGGAACAAGCUACACUUCUUUUUUGUCUUCAAUUAACUUCAAGAAAGAGAAAGAACGAGAAUCCGGUGAGGGAACGACUCUUUAUAGCUGCCAUAACGUGAGUAUUUGUAUUUUAGUUUCAGUUUUAAUAGUCCCAGUAAAAUUCCUCUUCUCUUUCUUAUCGCAGCCUGAAACAUACACUUUUUAAACCGAUGGCUAAUCAGAGCAAAUUAAUUUAAUGUAAAAUAAAAAAAAUGCUACUUAUUGCUCCUUCAGCUUUAUCAUUUUAGAAGCCAAAUCAGCUCGCAACAAAAAUCAGUGCAAUAUUUGAAAAUGCAGAAUGUGAACUGCUAAAAAAAAAAAAAUACGAUCCAUGAGAAAAAGGACGCUCGUGCACUGACUGAGAGCUCGACAUUUUCAUAUUCUUUGUUAAAUAUUUAGUCCUUUUUAGCCAUUACUGAAGUAGGGAGUGACUUAGCGAAUGGGAAAAAAAGUUCAUGCAAAUGAAAUGAUGUUUACCUCACGGUGAGAAGAGAAACCACAGACUCUUUUCCAGAUGUGCGUUGUGGAGAGGUCCUGAUGUGUGCUGCCUUAACACUGCCUGAACAUCUGUAUCGCUAUCCCACCUCAAAACUUCCUAUCAUAUCCUAUCGGUCGCGUGCCUCUGUGAAACUUAAAAAAAAAGACAAAAAAAAAAAAAAGACUGUUGAUGAAGACUGUUUCAAAUCCUUAUGAUUUCUCUGCAUUACUGUAAAGAUUUUAAGAUGGAUUUGUCGACUUCACAUCAACACUUACUGUACACGAUCGUCACAUUCAUUCACCUUCACUAAUGACUUUAUCCAAGCAGGGAACUGAAGAAAAGUCGGACCACGAGCCUCACAGGAUUGGUCUGUGGAAUUGUUCCUUUGUACCACUCUGUUGGAUCUGUUACAUUAACGUUUUGCAGAAAGUUCAGUAGAAAACAAGAACUAGCUGCUUGUUAAGGUAACACCAGAAGGCGUGGUCACAAAUGAGUAUACAGUAUUAAUAUACAGUACAGUUUCGAGAUCAAGAUAAUAUCUCAAGCCCAAAUUCCGAUGUUUGAAUUCAAGCUUUAUUAUUUUUGCUAAAAUACUCCAUCUAAUUGAGAAGAUACUCAAUGUGUAAGGUAUGUGUAGUCACCCAACAAGACACUGUAUAGAGAGAGAGAGAGAGAGAGAGAGAGAGAGAGAGAGAGAGAGAGAGAGAGAGAGAGAGGGAGAGGAACACAGGAGCCUAAAUCUCACAAAGGUGGUUUCAACUUCUCUCAGCGCACACAUUAAGUUCACUCAGCUCUUAAUGACGUAUCCAUAUCACUAUUCCGGUGGCUCUGGUGUGUCUUCAUGCACUAUUCCAACAUUAAAAGUAAUAUUAUCAGUCAUCUCAGUACUUAGGUUCCUGUGGCCACAGUGCUUUAACGUAAUGGACUUCGUCGUCUCCUGCUUUUUAAAAUAGAUAAGCUGCGAUGAUUAAAGCCACAAAAUAGAUCUGGAGAAGUUCGCAGCCACAAUAUAUUAACCAGUGGCUAUUACGGCAGUGUAAAUAUCCUUCAAAUCAUGAAGACAAAGUAGUAGACUUCAUACAACCCAAAGCUGAACACAGCAAAACAAACAGUUUACUGUUAAGAGUUUAUAACAUAGCUUCAUCUGUCAAUUCAGGUCAGCUUUGAAGAUCAGACACAGAUCUGUGAUCCUUAAAAAGCUCAUCUAACUGCUGUCAGGAUUCAGCCCAGGUAAUAACAGAAAUUACUGUGAAGUCGACAAGGACGUGUUAAAAUUUGGAAUGCAGCGUCUAUCCUAUAGCCAAGUUUUACCUGUAAUUCUCUUUGAUUAUUUUCAAGAAAAAAGUACCAAAUUUGAUUUCUGGUUUCUGUGAGUGUUAUGUUGGUGUGAGAAACUUGUUCUUUCUGUUUGUGUGUGGGGUAUUGUAAAUUGUGACUGAGACUUUGGCUUGUAUAAAUGUCUGAAGUAACAAUAAAGGUCUACGAUGAAAAUCA